GCGUCGGGGGUUGCUGGGGCGGCGCAAGAUGGCGGCGCGCUGGAGCAGCGAGAAUGUGGUGGUGGAGUUCCGCGACGCCCAGGCGACUGCGAUGUCAGUGGAUUGCCUGGGACAGCGUGCAGUACUCUCAGGACGCCGUUUCCUCUACAUAGUUAACCUGGAUGCACCGAACGAGGGCCAUCGGAAGAUCUCCCGGCAGAGCAAGUGGGACAUUGGGGCAGUGCAGUGGAACCCCCACGACAGCUAUGCCUACUACUUUGCAGCUUCAAGCAAUCAGCGAGUGGAUCUGUAUAAGUGGAAGGAAGGUAAUGGUGAAGUUUGCACAUCACUGCAAGGACACACACGUGUGAUCAGUGACUUGGACUGGGCAGUGUUUGAGCCAGACCUGCUGGUCACCAGUUCUGUGGACACGUACAUUUAUAUCUGGGACAUCAAAGACACCAGGAAGCCUACAGUGUCCCUCUCUGCAGUUGCUGGAGCUUCCCAGGUGAAAUGGAACAAGAAAAAUGCCAACUGUUUGGCAACCAGUCAUGAUGGGGAUGUCCGAAUAUGGGACAAAAGGAAACCCAGCACUGCAGUAGAGUACUUGGCAGCCCAUCUCUCUAAAAUCCACGGUCUGGACUGGCAUCCUGACAAUGAAUAUACACUGGCCACUUCCAGCCAGGACAACUCUGUCAGGUUCUGGGAUUACCGUCAGCCUCGGAAAUACCUCAACAUCCUCCCCUGCCAGGUUCCUGUCUGGAAGGCAAGAUACACGCCUUUCAGCAAUGGGCUGGUGACAGUGAUGGUCCCCCAGCUGCGUCGGGAGAACAGCCUCCUUCUCUGGAAUGUCUUUGAUUUGAACACACCUGUCCACACUUUUGUGGGCCAUGAUGAUGUGGUGCUGGAGUUUCAGUGGAGGAAGCAGAAAGAAGGUUCUAAAGACUACCAGCUGGUGACCUGGUCCCGUGACCAGACUCUGCGGAUGUGGCGGAUUGACUCCCAGCUGCAGAGGCUGUGUGCUAAUGAUAUCCUGGAUGGAGUUGAGGACCUCAUUGAUGGGAUUUCUCACCUGCCAGAGCCAGACAAGACCCUUCACUCCCAGGACUCUGAGCCCCAGCAUACCUCUGGACACGGGGAUGAGGAAGCCUUAAAAGAAGAUUUCCUGAAUGAUCCUCUGGUGGGAAAGAAAACAGACCAACUGGGACUGCCUCAAACGCUGCAGCAGGAGUUCUCCCUGAUCAACGUGCAGAUCCGAAAUGUCAAUGUGGAGAUGGAUGCAGUGAGUCGUAGCUGUACGGUGUCAGUGCACUGCGGCAACCACCGAGUCAGGAUGCUGGUGAUGUUCCCUGUCCAGUAUCCCAAUAAUGCCGCACCAUCCUUCCAGUUCAUCAACCCAACCUCCAUCACUGCCUCCAUGAAGGCAAAGCUGCUGAAGAUACUGAAAGACACUUCUCUGCAGAAAGUGAAGCGGAACCAGAGCUGCCUGGAGCCCUGCCUGCGUCAGCUGGUCUCCUGGCUGGAGUCUGUUGUGAACCAAGAGGACAGCACGUCCAGCAAUCCCUACGCUUUGUCAAACUCCGUAACACCCCCCUUGCCCACGUUCGCCCGGGUCUCCAAUGCCUAUGGCUCCUACCAAGACUCUAACAUCCCGUUUCCACGGACCUCUGGAGCCAGGUUCUGUGGUGCAGGGUACCUGGUGUACUUCACGAGACCCAUGACGAUGCACCGUGCUGUGUCCCCUACGGAGCCUACCCCCAGGUCCCUGUCAGCUCUGUCAGCGUACCACAGCGGCCUCAUCACUCCCAUGAAGAUCCGCACAGAGACCCCAGGCAACCUGCGGUUGUACAGCGGGAGUCCCACACGCAGUGAGAAGGAGCAGGUCUCCAUUAGCUCCUUCUACUACAAAGAGAGGAAGUCAAGGAGGUGGAAAAGCAAACGAGAAGGGACGGAUGCCAACAACAGACCUAUCAAAGCUGCUGGGAAAGUUAUUAUCCAAGAUGUUUCCUGCUUGCUGCCUGUCCACAAGCUGCUGGGAGAGCUCUACAUACUGAAUGUGAAUAACAUCCAGGAAACCUGCCAGAAGAACGCUGCCUCAGCCUUGGCUGUGGGACGGAGGGAUCUCGUGCAGGUUUGGUCACUGGCCAUGGUAGCCACUGAUCUCUGUCUUGGACCAAAGUCUGACCCAGAUUUGGAGAUACCUUGGGCACAACAUCCGUUUGGACGUCAAUUACUGGAGUCCUUGCUGGCUCAUUACUCUCAGCUCCAUGAUGUGCAGACCCUGGCCAUGCUCUGCAGCGUGUUUGAAGCCCAAUCCAGGCUCCAGGGGGGCCCGAGCUCCUAUGGCCCCUUCCCUCAGCGUGCCUCCAACCUGGCCUCCCACAGCCGAUACCCCAGCUUUACUUCCUCUGGCUCCUGUUCCAGCAUGUCAGAUCCUGGCCUUGGCACCGGAGGCUGGAGCAUAGCAAACAAGGACACGGAGCAGGCCUCCACUCCCUGGUGUGAGUCCUCUCCGGACGAUUUCCGCUAUGGAAACCUGCCGUAUCCCGAUCAUCGGGAGCGCGAGAAGGACCAACACGAGAAAAACAAGAGGCUGCUGGAUCCUGCCAACACUCAGCAAUUUGAUGACUUUAAGAAGUGCUAUGGAGAAAUCCUCUAUCGCUGGGGCCUGCGAGAGAAGCGGGCUGAGGUUCUGAAGUUUGUCUCUUGUCCUCCUGAGCCCCACAAAGGAAUUGAGUUCGGCGUGUACUGCAGCCACUGCCGCAGCGAGGUGCGUGGCACCCAGUGUGCCAUCUGCAAGGGCUUCACCUUCCAGUGUGCCAUCUGUCACGUGGCAGUGCGGGGCUCCUCCAACUUCUGCCUGACCUGUGGCCACGGCGGCCACACCAGCCACAUGAUGGAGUGGUUCCGCACCCAGGAGGUGUGUCCCACGGGCUGUGGGUGCCACUGCCUGCUGGAGAGCACCUUCUGAGGCCUGGCACCGGGCUGCCCACCAUCUGCUCUUCAUCUUUAUUUUCCAAGCCAUGUGGGGUCGGCUCAGCUCCAGAGGGUCUGGAGGAGAUACCACAGGGAGCAGGAUGUCCUGGUGCUGCGCUGUGGUGAUGUUUACAAGUGCUUCCAGUAUUCCUGCGCUUCCCCGGUUGCCUUCGGACCGAUCUGACCAAACUCCCUGUGUCCAUCGCCGAAGAUGGAUGCCAGAGCAGACAAAUGGGCCUCUCUGCAGAAGGGUGUGUGAAUAUGGGCUGGUCUCCACUGGGAAGAGGUGUUCAAAAGUCCCUCUGGAAGGGACUUGCCUGGCAGAGCCAAACUCACUCCAGCUCUGCAGUGUCUUUCCGGGUGCCUCCUGACAGGGGCUCAAAGUGAGCAAAACCUUAGUCUUUGCACAGCUGAGGCAGAAGUGAUUCACAAAGCAGCAGUGAGCUCUAAAGGCAAACUGUAAAGUGCACCAGGAGAGCAGGUGGCACGUGGGACUGUGUUCAGAGUUGCUUCUGGAAGCCGCAGGGUCCUUAAUUUUGAGGAGCUGUUUACAUUGUGUAAAUUACUCCAUAAAGCAAGCAAAUAACACACUGUUUUUUCAGGAUUGUUCCUCCUCCUGGGUCUGUGGCUGGUGUGAGCAGCUCACUCCCUGUGCUCAGGCUCACUAGGGUCUGUUGCUAUCUUCCAGCCGUUUUUGUGCUGUUGACUCUUAAGGUGUCCUCAUGCCCUUGCACUGCCGCGGGUGAGGGGCUGCACUGUGCUCCCUGCCUCAGCAGUGACACAUCCUGGUGACUGCCAAAGCCAUCUGCCUUUUCACUUUGGGAGCCAUGCAGCGUUUCCACAGAUGGUGGCAUCCGAGGGCCUUUUGGAAAGCCUUUGCUUCUGUCCUGAGAAAGCGUAAGGACACUUCCUCCCUGCAGCUCCUGUUGGCUGUUCUCUCCAGGCUCUACAGGCGAGGGUCAAUCCAUCAUUUGAGGUUUGCUGCCCAUACGCUUGAGUGAUGAGGCUCCUGAGUCAGGGAGGCAACAAUUUGUGGGGCAAAAGGGGUUUUGGAAGGGCAGUGAGGAUUCAUGGAGCUGGGAGGUUUGUGCCUUUUCUCCCUGGGAGCUUCAGUGGGAGAAUGUAUUGGAUUGAGCCCUCUGUUUGGGGUUGUGCCUGCUGAGCACCUCCCUGCCAAGGCUCUGCCUCUCCUGAGGGCUCUUUGGCCUGAUUUGGUUUUGGGAAGUGGGGUCAUGGUAAGCCCCCUGGAGUUCCCCUGCCCUGUGCCAGCUCUUCCUGUUGCGCUGGCCUGCUGAGCUGUGUGCUAACUCGGGUGGGGGAUGCUGCUGGGGAAUGAACAGAUGAUGUAUCUUAAACAUUGCAGCAUUAAAAAUAGUUUUUUAAGUGCUGUGCUGCCAGAA